AACACUCACCCUCAGCAAAUGGGUGUGGACUAACUGCGCAUGUGCAUGACCAAGCUUUCUUGUAGGCUAAAUCGGUUUUAUCCAGGGGGUCUACUUCAAAUAAUCGAAAAUAAAAGGUAAGAAAUCAUUUGAAAACGACAAUAUAAUAUAGUUAUGUUGUGUGGGAGUUAGUUUUCGCAAUGUAAGAUCGUUGUCGUAUGCGUUACGGUUGUACUAAGGCGUGUUUGUUGUCAUCAAAAGUCUUUGAGGAAAUGUUUGCUAGUGCCAGAGCUGUGAACAAUAGGCUUCUACUGAACGUCAACACUGAAUAUCUUCCAUGUAACUACGCUUUGUGUUUUUAACUGUAACCUAAUAACUCGACAGGAAUAUAGUCGAAGAGAUGUCACUAAACAUUAUCAAAAAAGAAUUUAAAGAAAAUAAUUACACCGUACGUGGUAUACGACAGGGUUGAACAUCACAUUUACAGUAACAUUCCGACGAUCCUACGCACUUCUACGGUGUGCACUCUUUUACAGAGUUCUUCUAACACCAGAUGUUGUAGAACUUGAAUGCGAGGUUUAUUUAAAACUAUUGUUCAUCGUCUUGAUGACAGUUUGCGUCUAUCAAGUUCAUGAUGUAAUCUUCGCAUGCUCUGGUUGAUUUCACGUCCUUUUCUACAGUCAUGUCAGGUUUUCUAGACGGAAUCCGGUGCGGAGAUUGCGAGUGCAAUGUGGACUGGGGUGAGAGGAGAAACACCAUCGCAUCUAUUGCUGCUGGAGUUCUGGUAGGGAUAGAUUUAAUUCUCUCUCAAGGGGAGAUGGGUCUGUACAUGAAUCUGCUUCAAGUGGUAUAACUGUUUCAUACUUGUCAUUAAAGUCUUCAUGCUUACUCUGAUCUCAUUUUGCAGUUCUUCACUGGUUGGUGGAUCAUCAUUGAUGCCGCAGUGAAAUACCCAGAUGAGGGACAGUUCCAUCAUGCGUAUCACACCUGUGGAGUCAUUGCUACAGUGGCCUUUCUCAUGUAAGACAGAGAUAUUGAUAUAAGACACAUUCUUCAGUUUGAAAAAGCAGGCAAUCCCGUGGUACAACUAUUUUGUGGUGCCUUAACCCGAAGCAACAACUCCUUUGCCAUGUAUCCCUUGCCGUGUAAAAUUCCUCAUUAAUCACAGAGAUGGCACUGUUCUUCUGUUACCUUAAAACGUGACCUGAAAGCUUGGUAAAAAGUUGACAUUGUGGUGUCAUUUUUUGGUCAGUCAUAUUUACACACUAGAUCCUGAUAACAGUUACAUCCCUUACUUUGGUAUUUACAAUAGUUUCUUACGAUGCUACAAUAUCAUCUAGCAGAUGCGUUUGUCCAAAACAAUGUACAUCUGUGCAUUUGAGACCUGCAUAAUGCCUCAUAUGGGUCUUGCAAUCUAACGGGCAUGUAAACCUCUUUUUUUAUUAUUAUUACUAUGAUGUCCAUCACCAGGUAAAAGUUUAAUUCUUUGUGGCUCUUUUAUUUUCUUUCGUUUCAACAAAAUUAGGAUAAAUGCUGUUUCAAAUGGCCAGGUAAGAGGAGACAGCUACAGUGAAGGCUGCAUGGGACAGACUGGUGAGUGUUUAACAACAUAGUGAACAUGGUAAUAUCUUAAUACACUUACCAACAACAAAUACUUGUAUAUUUCUUCACCAAAGUGUAGGUUCUCCAUCUAGUAAUCGUCCUUUCAUUUUGUAUUAGCUCAAUGAGUCAGCAGUGAAAGAGAAACUCUGGAAUCACCCAGUAGCUGUGUCUUGUUACUGUUUUCAGGAGCUCGAGUGUGGCUCUUCAUCGGCUUCAUGCUGGCAUUUGGCUCUCUCAUUGCCUCCAUGUGGAUUCUGUUUGGAGGAUUUGUUGUGCCUCGUAAGUCCUGUUUGCAUGACACGAUUUGACUUAAGUUGCACUGACUUUGCAGUAGAAUUUUUUAACGGUGUGGUAGCAUCCGGCUAAGAGAGUAAGUGUGAACCAGAGUUAUGAUAUUUUCUUCCCAGUUCCCAAACCACAAGCCGUAAUAAUUUAACAGUUGUGAACAAAAAUGAUUUAUUUACAUAAUACAAAUAGUAAAAUACAAUAAUCACAGAACCAAGUGAAACAAUACAUAUGGGUGAACCAAAGCCUUAACAAGUUAACUCUUUUUAAAACACAGCUUACCCUGUAUGAAACAGAUAGAUCAAAACGACAUUCUACCUGCCUCACUUAACAUAAAUAAGACAAAAUAGGUACUAAAAAAAGGCAGCUAACCCCUACUGCUUCUCAAAGUAAGGAAUCAACCAAGAAAACCACUCUUAAAUGCAACACAAAAUCCAAUUUCUAAAAAGUCUAAGGGAAAACGCAAACGGUUAUAAGUUUUGACAAAGGUUUAAAUGCUUAAGACCUUCAACAAGUGCUGCCAUCUGUACGGCAACAACUGCCUGAAAGUGUUUUUUGAAGGAUGCAACUAAUGCUAACAACCAAACUAAUUCAACAACCAAGCUUUCAGCAGACAAUUUCAUCCCAGUAGCUUAACAGCAGUCCCAGUCUGCCUAACAGACUUUGUUGUUUUCCAGAUCAUUGUUGAUCCACACACUGUCAGAGCACUCGCAAAAUGCUCACUUGAGCACAAAAACGCCCUGCACUGAAAACAAAAGAAAUUACCAACACAGUACAGAUAGGACCAACAAGUGUGACAUUGAGUAUUUACGGAAGCUAAGCAACAAAGAAGUAUGUUGUCUUUGAUUCCAAAAUGUUUAAGUUCAAAGACAUAGGGAGUAACAUCACUGAAAUUUGCUGCAUGAAGCUAGCGAAAUAUUAGACAUUUUAGUCUUGUACAGCUUCUCAGCUGCAGUUUUAGCUUGUGUCAUUAUACCUCACUUUGUAAUUUGCUUUAUUUUUUUUUUUGCAGAAAAACCUCCUGUGUACCCUGGCAUUGCCAUAUUCUUCCAAAACGCUUUUAUUUUCUUUGGGUAAGUUAAUGUUUUUAAGCAAUACUGUACUUUUAACAGAUGCUCACACAUGAACACAAGUAUUUUUGUCAAAAGUUUUUUGACUAUCUUCCUUUCUUCUGAAUAGGGGUUUGGUCUUCAAGUUUGGACGUACAGAGGAUCUCUGGCAGUAACGGAUUCAGUAUGUCUUCAUGCACUCAGUUUAUACACUCUGCUUUCUGCAAUGUACUAAACAAUAUGCUUUAGUGAUUAUUCACUUUAUGAAAUGUUUUCAUAGCUUUCAAAUUGGCCUGUACAUUUUAAAUUGUUUGAGGUAAAUGGUCAAGUCACAACUUAGCAUAGCUUUUCACUGAUUGUUUGAACGUGUGAUCUUUUCGAGUGUGAGACAUCUGCAAUGUGUUCAUUUGCACUAAGAUUGCAUAGCCAAGAAACUAUAACAGUUUACUACUUGUGUAUAAGAAAGUUAUUUUUGGGAACUUUUCCUGUCUGAACUGGCCACAUUUUCUUUGGGUAUACUUAACUAUAUGACUGUCUUUAAUUUGAAGCUGUUUCUCACUGAGAAAAUUAAAAUAAAUUAUUGUGGUACAAUACAUUUUGUGGGGCAUUAAUGUCUAUGACUGUUCUUCUUAAUUUCUUAUUAACCUAGAUAAUUUUUUUGUAUUCUCCCUGGUACAGUCUAAAUCCAUAUGCACAGUGUUAGCCUUAAGCCAAGGUUCAUCUUUACCAUUCAUGUAAUUUUGCAUGCAUAAAAAUAUGAAAUUUUUACGACAGAAAAUUGUAUUUUUUAUUCAAAAAUACUGAUAAAUGAAAAUCCAAGCCAAGAGUUUGAAGCCUAUGUCAUCAGGCCCUCCUUCAUGCUCUACUUGCGCACUGCAAGAUGUGGAAACUGAAAAACAGAAAAUUAUUUGAGUACUGCAUAAUGAGUUUAGUUAUUUUCUUUGAAAUACCAUGUAAAGAAGCAUGACUGUGGUUCCUGAAUAUAAGCUGCAGUGACGCAUGCAAAUAUCACUUUAUAUUUAUAGUAUCAUGCCAUGACACUUUAUCCCACAGAUUUCCCUUUUAGUAUAAACACUCACAAACAUACUUGUGUCUUUUUAAACUAUUCAAGUUUUAUUUAUAAUCUGGGGGAGUUCUGACCAUGUCUAUGUGGCUGCAACAACUGAAUUUCCCAUCUAGGCAUCAAUAAAGUAAUAUCUUAAAUAUGAUCUUCCAAUUGUCAAGUUUUUACAAUAAAAGCUCAUCCAUAAAAUCAAUUCUGCACAAAUAAUCUCUUCCAACCCAUGCACUUCUAGCAGCCACAAGAUGAAAUACAAAAAUGUGUAUGGCUGUUAAUAGUCUCUUCCAUCUUGGCUACUGUAAAAACGUGGUGUCAGAUGGCAACGUCUAUGAAAAGGGAUCUGCUUCAUAUUUAGAUAAAGGGCUUGUCGGUAAAUAUAGAAUAUGUUAUUUUAUGUUCAGGUAUUAUUGUGCUAAUUUAAACAUACAUUAUACACCAUUUCAACCAGGUUUCACCAAAUGCUUCUAGAUACUACACACUGCACCUUUAACACUGAAAUGCUAAUUAUUUAAAGUUAUAUUUAUUUGUCUAUAAGAAGAUAAUGUGGUGAUUGAAUACCUCCCAAUAGGCCUGAUCAUCGAAACAUUUCUUGUCUUGAGGUGGUCUCCAGAAGUUUGAUUUAACUAAAAGCCCUUUGAACGGAGAAAAGUGUGAGCAAUUAGGACAUUUAAUCCAUGGGUUACUGACUUACAUGGUAUCUGAGCAAUAUAAGAUUCAUUUACUCCUGUAUUUGACAUAAUGCUGAAAGCUCAAAAUCAAGUAUUUAAAUUUGGCAUUAAACUUCAUUAUCAAUGGUA